AGAACGUGGAGAAAUCUGUGUGCGUCCGGAGCGAGGCUGGUGGCAUUUAGACCCUCAGACAACACAGCCUCCCUCAUGAGCGUAUCAGCGACAUUACUUAAUGAUGCAGGAAUAUUCCAGAAUCUUCUCUGGAUGUAUUUACGUUCUGGCAUGGUGCCACCAUUUCUUGACAUGACUUUAGGAGAAGUCUCUCUACAAUGAUGCUGUCCUUCAGUGGGAAGGUUCAGAUUCUGACCCAACAACAGAACAAAUACAACUUCACUGACAUUUUUUUUAUGAAGAAACCAAAAUGAUUAGUAUACAUUUAGUGGAAAUAGUUGAAAUAUCUUUGUUGCCCCCUUCUCUGCCUCUCUCCCUCUCCACUCUUCUGGAAUUUGGUCUUUACAGGAACUGAAGACGCCGCCUCCCUUCAGCUCCUCCCCUGUGACUCCCACAUCCAUCCUCCUGCUCAGUCUGUCUCUGUGGAUUCAGGUCGGCUGGUACUUACUGCUCUCCUGAUCUGACUGCAUCUCUGUGCUUUGGGAGGGGGAUAAUGCUGCUCCACAGCCUGCUGGUUCUGAUGGGCCUCCUCGUGCUCUCUAAAGGGCAGGAGGAUGGUGGGACUGAUGGGAACAAGACAGAGAAGCCCUGCGACGAUUUUACUGACCUCAACCUGUCCCACUGCUUCAUGGGUACCAGCCUGUAUGUUCGGUUGUUGCUCUACACCCGCUCCAACCUCGACUGUGGCCGCGAGUUAAAUCACCACCACCUUUCCUCCCAGCCACUCCUCAACCUUAAUAAUCCCACCGCCUUUGUCAUUCAUGGAUAUCGACCCACCGGAGCCCCGCCCAUCUGGAUCCACCACAUAGUCCACCUCCUGGCCGAGCAGGACGACAUGAACAUCAUCGUGGUGGACUGGAACAGAGGGGCGGCCAACUUUAAUUACUUCACAGCUGUUUCCUAUACGAGGGAGGCAGCUCAGAACCUCACAGGCUUCAUCUUGACCAUGCAGGAGGAAGGAGCCCCCCUGAGCUCGGUUCAUCUGAUCGGAGUCAGUCUGGGAGCUCACCUGGCUGGAUUUGUGGGAGCAAAUUUAAAAGGCAUGCUUGGCCGCAUCACAGGUCUGGAUCCAGCUGGGCCAAUGUUCACUAGGGCCAAACCAGAGGAGAGGCUUGACCCUUCAGACGCCAUGUUUGUGGAUGUACUGCACACCGACAUGGACUCAUUUGGUUUGAGAGGAUCUCAUGGCCACAUUGACUUCUACGCCAACGGUGGAGCCGACCAACCCGGAUGUCCCAAAACCAUCUUUGCAGGGAAAUCCUACUUUGUGUGUGACCACCAACGCUCGGUGUUCCUGUAUCUGUGCGCCCUUAACAGAACCUGCCAUCUCACCGGUUACCCGUGUUCAUCGUACAACCACUUCCUGGAUGGUCAGUGCCUGCAGUGCGAAGUCUUUAAGCCAGCUACCUGUCCGGUGCUUGGUUAUAACAUGAGUUUAUGGAGAGACACUCUGAUUCGACUUGGACAGACCAAAGUCUACUUUAGCACCACCGCCUCUCUGCCUUACAAGAAGCUGAGCUACAGAGUUGACAUGGUGACAUGGAACCAGUACCUUCGCUGGGGGGUUGUCUACUUCCGCCUUCACAGCGGCAGGAAUUUCACUGAAGCUCGAGUUGAUCAUAAGCUUCUUAGGUUCGAACAGUACACGUCUACACGGCUGCUCGCUCAAUUUGACGAAGACAUACAGAACAUUCAGAAGAUUUCCAUGCGGAUCAGCACCGGGAACAUCAUCGGCCCUCGUUACAAAAUGAGACUCAUCAGAAUUCGCUUCACACCGCUGGACCACCCUGAGAGGCCUUUGAUGUGCCGCUUUGACGCCAUCAUGGAGGAAAACAUGGAAGUGUCGUUUCGGCCUCUGCCCUGCAACUCUCACCUGUGACUGAGCGCACUCACUUCUUCAUCUUCUCUGGAAAACACCUGACUGACCCUCUGUGCUCAGAGGUCCCGUGGUCUCCGGCUCUGACCCCACAUGUGACCACGGAGUGUGGCUCCAGGCAGGGGGAAGCCUGCUGAUGUGUGGAUUAUUCCUGGAAACUAAAACCAGGAGCGGAGCAGAUGAAGAGAUACCUGAAAAGAAAAGAAAAUGAUGAGGAGCUGCAUGAAAAAAAGCAUUUGUUUGAAGCUGAUACUCAGAUAUUAAAGCCAUUUGGCAAAUUUGUAUUGUCUGGUUCUGAUGAGAAAGGAUCUUUGUAACACAUUUAUAACUGAAACCUUUUAUAAAAUAUAAAUUGUGGUUUUGAGUUUAAAUCGAAUGAGCCACACUUUUUUGAUCUAAAGUUUAUACUAAAGUAAAAAAGAAUAAUCUGAUGAGUUUCUAUUGAUAAUUUUUACCAUGGUUUGAUUGAAUUGAUGUGAUUACUUUUACUCCAGAUUAUAUUCUUCACAUCCCAUUUUCUUUGUAAAUUAUACAGUACAGUAUGCAUUAUAAUUUAUCAAUAUCAUAAUGUUAUGAAAAAAACAUCUGCUUGAUUUCGCUCAGACUUUGGUGUGCUGAUAGUGAACCAUAAAUGCAGUUUUUCUUUGUGCCUUUGAAGCUCUUUGGUCUGAAGUACCAUGGAAAUACAAUGGAAACGUAACCCCCGGAAAGAGCUGCCAUGGUAGUCAGUGGAUUAACAGAAGCGAUAUUAACUAACGAAAUACUAAAUAUUUUGUAUAUUUUUGUUUUUAAUGUGAAUUUAAAAAUAAAGUUUUCAAACUUGA